UGCAAGUCAGGAACUUAUGGUAGUUUGUUACACUCAGCAAGGCACAGCCACUGGCACCGUCCCCACCACUGUCCUGUCCUACUCUGACUACAUUACUCGACCCAAGGACCACACCAGUGUGCUGUACUUCGAUAAAGACGAACGAGAAAAAAUCUGCCGCGUCAUCAUUAUUGAUGAUUCCUUAUAUGAGGAGGAGGAAAGCUUCAAUGUCAGCCUCAGUUUGCCCAUGGGUGGGCAGGUGGGACCCCAUUUCCCCUCUGCCAAAGUCAUUAUUUUGGAAGAUAGCGAUGAUGGUGAGUGGUAG